AUGUCUGUGGAUCCAAUCUUGCUCAAUGACUUGUCGCCGAUGCGGAUCACGCCGUUCGAGAACUUUGUCUUCGUCCUAAAUGACGUUGGCUUCAGUGUCUACAGUGGCGCAGGGUACCCUGGCCAGGGCGGCGUGUAUUAUGGCAUCCGCGGUCGCCUGUACGUGUCGUCGUACCGGCUCGUGUUUGUGGAAUUGGACCCGUCGAAUCGACAUUUCCGAAGCUUCUCGCUGCCCUUGUACGGAAUUUCAAGCUCCCAUCGCUUCCGCGCGCCGUUUUUCGGUCGACCAACGUACGAUGGGAUCGUGUCGCCCGUGCCAGGCGGAGGUCUCGUCGGCCCUGGUAAGUUCCGCUUGACGUUUCAAGGCGUUGGCUUUGACGAAUUCCGGUCCUUUUAUGAACCGCUGUUUGAGCAUUCACGGGAACUUCAUCGCCAAAUGAACGCGUUGCCAAAUGCAUCCAUCGUCCAAGUUCCAGGCCCCAUAACACUACAGACCGGUCAAACGUCCACCAAGAAAAUCGCAUUCACCAACCCAGCAGACCCCUUCACCCUCUUUAUCCACAGUACAGCCUUGCAUCGAGAGCCGGGCCCUCGACGCUCAGGCACAGCGGCUGGAUUGGAGCGUAUCCACAGCAUGUUUCGAGGAAAGACGGCUCUCCAUCUCCGCCACCGCCAAAGCACGCAACCACCGCAAGGCACGCAACAGGUCGUCGCGGCUGAACCAGUGCACCACGGUACCACCGAGACCCAGCGCAUGCAGCUUCAGGCCAUUUGGCAGCUCCUCGUCACGGGAUUCGAGUUGACCAAGUAUCCGAACGCCGGGCCUGCGCGCCGUCGUGUGAUGUGGCUCACAUUGGACGGACGUCUGUGCGUUGGACGCUCCAAAACCGACAAACACGCAGGAAAAUUCAUGCACUUGUGGGACGUUGAAAAGGUGCAGAAGGGGUGCGAAUCGCCGCAGUUCUCCAAGUCGCUAAGUUGGCGCGACGCCCAGGGCAAAGAACAGCAGUGCUGGAGCGUAGAGGCCCGAACGAGCAAGAAGGAAGGGCACUCGUUCGCACUGCAAGUCACCACGGUUAACGUGCGAAACAUUCUGGUCGACUGCCUCGGGCGUUUGGUCGAGCUCAUGCGUGGCGACAGCGACGGCGACUACCCUCGUGCUGCUCGAGUCCGAAUCGGCAAACACUACGCCUCGACGGGUGAGGUCCUCUCGAUGGGUGACGUCCAAGCCAUGAUGGCGCGCCAGGGAUCGGAAGUGGCCAACAUCGCAAGCGACUGCGAAGAUGGUGUCGUCGCUCCCGACGUUUCGGAUGAUUCAGGGGAGGACGAUGAGUGA